AUGGCUAGCGCUUCUAGGCUGAGAGCGGUCAGAAAUAUGCACGUCCGGGCCAUCUCGUUCGGAACCAUCCCUCGGAUUGUCGCUAGGGCUUUUAGGGUACCGAUGUACGGUGCAGGGGUCGGCGCAGGAGCUCUGACAUAUGCAAACUACAAGCUAGAAGGCGUUCGUACGGCGACGAACGACAUGCUCGACUCGAUAUCCUCGACAGUGCACGACGGAUACGACCAGGCCAGCUCAUUGCUAUCAGGCGUGUCGAGCACUCUGUCGUCUGCUGCAGGCAGCAUCGGAGGCGAAUUGGGAACUCUAGCGGACGGAGUCAAGGAGAAUACGAGUGGGUUCGUGAACGGGUUCAAUGAGUGGUGGGGUGGAGUCAAGUUUGGUUCUGGCUCGACGCCAUCUCAGGAAAGGUCCUCUACAGCGCCGGCGGCUAGUAUUCCUCCCCCUCCUGCAACUCGACCGGCAUCGAACGAGAGCAGCGGGAACCAGAACGGAAAGGGCCCAGAGGAUGACGGUCCUUUAGCUGGAGGCGCUGCAGCUCUCGCUGCUUUAACAUCAGCUUAUAUGAACCGGGAGGAAAACAAAGAUGAAGCGGAACCGGCUCAACCUCAAGAGCUGUUACAGCUCACCAGAAAGUUGAUCGAGAUCCGACAGGUCCUCAUGUCCAUUGAUCAGAGUGACGCUUUGAAGCUGCCGAGUAUCGUUGUCAUCGGCAGUCAGAGUAGCGGGAAGAGUAGCGUGCUCGAGGCGAUCGUGGGUCACGAAUUCUUGCCAAAAGGUGACAAUAUGGUGACCCGGCGCCCGAUCGAGCUCACGCUUGUACAUACCCCGGACGAUGGUUCGGGAGGCCCUCGAGAAUACGGUGUCUUCCCUGGUCUGGGUGGACAAAAAGUCACCUCGUUCCCCUCAAUCCAGAGGACCUUGACGGAACUCAACGUCGCGGUCCCAUCCUCGAUUGCCGUCUCAUCCGACCCUAUACACCUGCGCAUCCAUUCGCCCCAUGUACCAGACCUCACAUUGGUUGACCUACCUGGUUACAUCCAGAUCUCGUCGAUGGACCAGCCAGAAGAGCUCAAAGACAAGAUCUCCUCGCUGUGCGACCGAUACAUCCAGGAGCCGAACAUCAUCCUCGCUGUAUGCUCGGCCGACGUAGAUCUCGCCAACUCGGCUGCUUUGCGAGCGAGUAGACGAGUUGAUCCUAUGGGACUGCGGACGAUCGGGGUCGUUACCAAGAUGGAUCUGGUACCUCCAGAGCUUGGCGCUUCGAUCUUGAAAGGAAAUCGGUACCCGCUACACCUCGGUUACGUCGGUGUCGUGAGCAAGGCGCCGAAAGGCCCGGGUAGCGAUAAGAUCCGACACGGCGGUGAAGCCCCGAACAUCACGGGCGCGAUCAUGAGACGGGAAGAAGACUUUUUCGGAGGAGAGAAUGCUCGCUACUUCUACCCGCCCGAAUCGUCCCGGCGUGGCCUAGGGAGCGGACAGAGCUUGCAAGGCAAGGUUAUGGUAGGAACAGACACGCUACGUCGCCGUCUGAUGGACGUGCUGGAAACCAGCAUGUCUGGCAGCCUGAACGGAAUCACUAAUGCGGUACAACUCGAGAUGGAAGAGGCCAACUACCAGUUCAAGGUGCAAUACAACGAUCGUAGGAUAACGGCAGAAUCAUACGUCGCAGAAACGAUCGACGCGCUCAAAGCUAAAUUCAAGGAAUACACUACUCAGUUCACCAAACCGCACGUUCGAGCAAAGCUACGAGCGAUGCUUGACGACAAGGUCAUGGACAUCCUGGAACAGCUGUACUGGGUCGACAAACGAACCGAGGAGUUAUCCAAGCUCGCGGACGACCGGAAACUGAAGCCUGAGGAGCUCGCUUCUUAUUGGCGCUACAAGCUCGACACAGCUAGCUCACUCCUUACCAAGUCGGGUGUGGGUCGUGAUUCGACGCAACUGGUCGCUGAGGGGUUGAGAUCUCUGAUCGACUCUAUCGCCAUGGGAGAGCCUUUCACAUAUCAUCCCGGAGCAGCGGAGAGGAUUGUCGAGUUUUCGCAUGCCUUGCUGCGUGAGCGACUCAACCUGACGGCGGACCAGGUCGAGAACUGUAUCAAACCAUACAAGUAUGAGGUGGAGAUCGAGGACCGUGAAUGGGAUAGCGGCCGGGCUCGGGCAGAGCAGGCCUUUGACCUAGAGGUUGCGAGGUGCGAGUCGAAACUGGCCGAGAUCAAGAAGAAGGUCGGUGGAGCUUGGCGUAUGAAAGGCUUGCUCGGAUACGUCAGCGACCUUGAACAAAAAGAGACCGAGAGAGCCAGGCGUCGGUUCGCCGCGGUCAAUAAUCCCGAGACGAGUGAUAGCACAGACCAGUAUGAACCCCUAGAUGAGCCUCAUCCAGACAGCUACAAAUACAGUGCAGCUCAGCUGGCUGACGCAGGGAAAAUCGCCGCGCUGUUUUCUGAUCGACUGGCUGUGCUAAAGUUGCGACAAGCCGCUCUCAAAUCGCGUCGGUGCAAGAUGGGCCCUGAACAAAAGGCAUUUUGUCCGGAAGCUUUCUUGAGCGUAGUCGCAGAAAAGCUCGCCUAUACCUCUACCAUGUUCAUCAACAUCGAGUUGCUGGAGCAGUUCUUUUACCAGUUUCCUCGCGAGAUCGAUUCGCGUAUCCUUUAUAAUCUCGACCGAGAAGAGAUAUUGCGGUUUGCGCGAGAGAAUCCGGUCAUUCGCAAACACCUUGACCUACAGGACAGGAAAGACAAGCUUGAGCAGGUCAUGCGGUCGCUGCAGUCUCUGGUCAACCUUCGACAAGAAACUGAACCCCGGUCGUCUCGAAAUCAAGGCCUCUUUACCAAGUUCUUCUGA